UUUGCUAAAUAGCCAAUUGAAUUCCGAUUGGGUAUCUGUCACAUUAAGCCCCGCCUCCUCCGGAACCACUCUACUGAAAGAUGAGUAACCCGCAGCUACGAUUGCUAAAUCAUGGCUACAUUCAUGGAACGGUUAGCCUUCCUUCAGAAAGUCCCGACUCUGAUGAAGGCGACAGCAGAUGAUGAGAGCCCCUGUCCUGGUUACCUUUUCCAAGAAAUUGGAAAAAUCUCCCACGAGUCUUUGGCGAGUGAUCAGUGUUUGCUAGAGUAUCUGCUAGACAGGCUUCAAGUCGAGUCCUGUCAUGUCAAACUCAAGGUGCUGAAGAUCUUUGUACAUCUGAGCGGCCAUGGCUCAAAACAUUUCCUCACUGAACUCAGGAGGAAUUCCACCUUUAUUCAGCAAGCAUCAGUUUACAGCGGCCCUCCUGAUCCCAUCCACGGUACGGCUUUGUAUCAGAAAGUGAGAAACACGGCCCAGGAAGUUGCACGGCUGCUUUUCACAGAUACAAUUUAUGUAAAAAGUGGUGCGCUGCCAUUUAACGUGGUACCCUCAACAAUGGGGAUGGGAUCAGCAGCUUCCCACAGGGUGGGAAUGCAAGGCUUUGGCUACAAUCCAGGGAAGCAAGGGACCGCAGGCAACGUCUCACUUCUGAAUAAGAUCCAGAAAGCUGCAGAAGUAGUAGCCAGUGCUGUCCUUCCCCCGACGGAACACCAGGGCAUCCGUCUCCAUGACAACCACUACCGGCCUGUAGUGGCGCCCUCUGUGCCAAUAGAGGUGGCUGUACCAGCAUGUGCCUACAGUCUGCCUGCUCGCAGACUAAAAGGAGUGACGCAGCGGUGUCCAGGGCAGGUCGGAGGCGGCUGGGAAGAGACUGACAGUGGCAACACCUCUUCUCACAACUCCUCUCAGGACAUCUCCACCAAUAGCAGGGCCUCCGCAGGCAGCAAGUGCACGGGAAGCCAAUCAGGGGCCAGCAGAGAAAGCAGCGGGGACUUAUCGGAGCGGGUGGAAGCUUUGCAGUUGGGGGACUGCGUUCAGGAGAUGGCGCUCAUCAGCAAGCUGACCGAAGGGUCCAGAGUGUUUUUGACCAAUGAGGAGAGCCAGCACUUUAUCAAAGAGUGCUCCACUCUUAACUGUGAGGUUGUGGUGGAGUUGCUCUUGAGCAGGCUACAAGAUCCCGCCAACACUGUUAACAUGAGGGCGUUGUGUGCUGUUGCCUGCCUCAUGACUGCCGACCUCUUGUCUCUGGAGCAAAUCUUUGGAGCGACGCAACGCAGGCUCUGUCAGCUCAGUGAGGGCCCUCCAGGACCUGUGACCAACAAAGCCACAAAGGUGCAAGAGCCAGUAAGGGGCUUUAAAUGUUUAAAAUGGAUAAAACUGGAGGAGAUAAUACUGUUUCCCCCACCCCUUAUCUGCUUCUACCAGAUCCUGAGACAGUUCAAGGCCCUCAUGGGUGGAGUUCACCAUGCUGCCAAACAGGAUCCUGCCAGUAGCAGUUAUCAAGUCAACCACAUAUCUAGCCAAGUUCUUACGUCUACAUUCUCGGGUUCUUUAGAGCCCACGUUCUCUCCUCAUAAUGAUCGUGUCUGUCAGCCAUCCUCGCCAUUCAGUGUGGACAACAGCUGUGAGAAACCUCCCCUGACUGAGCAACAAUUGUUCCUGGCUCCUGUCAGGACUCAUUUGACUUUAGCUACUAAAGAUGAGGAAUGCACACAGCCUUGUGUCAGCAGACUGUCCCUGUUCAGUGGUAUGAUGCUGGUCAACAGGGCCAGGCCUCUGUGCGAGACUACCCGCCUAGACCCAAACUCACGACAGGACCCUCUGAAGAAGAACCAACCUUACAGUCCUGUUUCAGUUGUGUCUGACAGUAGCCAACAGUCAUCCGCCUUCUCGUUUCUCAACUCUUGACCUCUAGCGAGAUGCUUUGCACCUUUUGAAACUUAAUACAGAGAUGUCAUUUUGAAAAUGUAUUACGUUAGUGGAACACAGGGGUGGGCAAAAUAUGGCCUGUGGGCACUUUACCAAGUGUCUUGUAAUAUUUGUUACUUUAGUCAUUUUUACCCCUAAAAUUUAUUUGGUUGUUAAAAAUGAUUUUGAUUUUCCUUUUAUUUAUCUAAUAAUUGAUUUGAUUUAUUAUCAAUAAUAAAAUAUUAUAAUAUUUUACCAACCACUCUUACAUCUAACUUUGAACAUAUAUUAUAUAAAGCCAUUGGCUAGUUAUGAAUAGUAAAAUGAAAAUGACUAGUACUUCAUUAUAAAAAAAAUAUCAGAUAUUUUUCACCUCAUCCACAAAUGACCUGGCUCAUCCCUCUCUUUUAAAAAUCAAAGGUUUGCCCAACCCUGGUAGAAGUGAAACAUUUGUCUCACGUGGAUGUCUCCUUAUGCAGGAGACAAAGGUGGUCAACUAUGCGCACAUUGCUGUACUCAUCUUUUGGACUUUGUGUCUCCACAAGUAUUGACUGGGUAUGAUGUGGAGAAAGUUUAUCGAGUUAUUUUAUCUCAGGAUUCAUUUUAGGCGACAAAAACAACCUCUGAAACCCAUCCUGAACCACCAGCUUGCACUUUGGUUUGCACUAAAAUAGCUUUUCUUAAAGACCCGCUAUCCGAGUCAGAGUUGUCUUCCAGUAUUUCCUAUUACACUCAUGUAAAUGUCUGAUUGUGAGGCUAAAAUAAUUUGUUUACAGCUUGUCAACUAACACGUGGUGCUAGAGUGCAUGGCUACACAGCUCAAUGUUGGUGUGGCAAACCAACUGUUUAGAGACGUGAUUAGUCAGACAAAGGUACAUUUAGAGUCAGUUUAACAUGCAGAAUAUUUAACAAUCGCAAUCUGUCAUGUAAACAAAUAAAAAGCACAUGCGCUUAA